AUGAAUCCCUAUCCAACGCCACCGGCACCAUGCGCUCGAUUCGACGGCAUAGUACACAUCCAACCUUCAAAGGAAGCAGCGGUGCUGUACGCGGAGUGGGCUGCGAAUUGCCCCUCAACCGACACAUACAUCCACAUGAACCUCUUUUGCGACGCGUCCAAGUCGCCUGAACAGGAUAAAGGGGGGAUUGCGGUGACAUUCUCGCAAUGGCUGCCGGGUGAGCCGGUGAAUCGGCCGGUGAUUCGAGCCGCCUGGCCGGUUACUCCGCUCUACGACCGUCGCUUAGGCGAGUUUCUCGCCUUGUCCGAGUGUCUCUUCGUCGCUACACAAGAGAUACUCCAGUUCUCGAACUGCCCGCUUCUCGCCGGAAAGACAGUUGUGGUGCGGAUCUUCAACGACAACAUGUACAAUUUGGAAUAUCUUCAAGGGACCAGGGUGCUCGACCAGGCAAUCAUGACGUUGGCCCGUCCGGUCCUCGAUUUGAUCGCCACCCAGUCGGUUGUCAUCCAGAAGUGCGGCGUCUCCGUCAGGCUGGAGGCUCACUGGAUACCCGGCCACGAGCACAACUAA